GUACACCGGUGCUAGUACUAGUAGUAUAACAAUUGGAUAAACUCCAAGAAUUGUUCUCGAAACCCUCAUUUUCUUCCGAAGAACAAACUCAAUACCAGUGAGGUGAGGCAAAAUGCAAGGAGGAUUCAAACAAAUCAUUUCUCAUGGAAGUGUCCUCAAGAGCGCUGUUCUACGACAUGUCCGAUUGGUGAAUCCAGUAGCGAGGCCACUUAUAUUUGCACGUCAUGAAACAACUUCAGCUGCUCGUAUAGAAGAACAUGGUUUUGAAAGUACCAAAAUAGCUGACAUUUUGAAAGUCAAGGGUAAAGGUGCUGAUGGCUCCUGGCUCUGGUGCACUACUGAUGACUCUGUUUAUGAUGCUGUGAAAUCGAUGACACAACACAAUGUAGGAGCGUUGGUGGUUGUGAAACCUGGGGAAAAUAAGUCAAUUGCUGGGAUUAUUACGGAAAGAGAUUAUCUGCGGAAAAUCAUAGUACAAGGAAGAUCAUCCAAAUCAACAAAGGUUGGCGACAUCAUGACGGAGGAGAACAAGCUCAUCACUGUCACACCAGACACCAAAGUUCUGAAAGCAAUGCAACUGAUGACAGAUAACCGUAUCAGGCACAUUCCAGUCAUUGAUCAGACAGGUAUGAUAGGGAUGGUGUCCAUUGGAGAUGUUGUCCGUGCUGUCGUGAGUGAGCACAGGGAAGAGCUGAACCGGUUGAAUGCCUUCAUACAAGGAGGUUACUAGAUGAUGACGACAGAUAAAUGGAUGGUGACUGAAAAGGUUAUGUUUGCAGUUUAAAGAUGUCUUGAGUUGAGAACCCUUAAUCUUGUAAAUGUUGACUUCCUUACAUCUUCUCUAGCAUGACGUUCGCCUACGGAUGUGGGUUACCAAUUUGGGAUCAAUAAGAUACAAUCUGCACUAGCUUUCUUUUUCCAUUGUGGUUGCAUCAUGCAUGUAAUUUGCAGUUGUUUAAAGAUGCCAGUUUCUUCAACCAAAA